AUGUCACCCUUCAUUAGUCUCAGUCUUCAUGAAAGCCUGAAUCCUGCAUGUGUUUUCCUUCAGGUCUUUGUUCUCACUGUGUGGUACUGGGAUUUCUACAUGCUGCCCAUGUUCAUGGUCCUUCUCAUUGUGUGGAACUAUCUCCAGAUCGCCUCUGAGAGAGUCACCAGAGACCUAGACACCAUGGAGUUAUAUGAAGAGGAAGAUGAAGAUGAAAAGGAAUCAGAAAGAAAAGGUUUGAUGGAGAAAAUUCACAUGGUUCAAGAGAUUGUCAUUACGGUCCAGAACCUUCUGGAGGAGAUUGCAUGCUUUGGUGAAAGAAUAAAGAAUACAUUCAACUGGUCAGUGCCGUUCUUGUCUAAUCUGGCCUUCCUGGUUCUCACCAUGGCUACAGUGAUCACUUACUUUAUUCCAGUACGCUACAUUAUUUUAUUAUGGGGUAUACAUAAAUUUACAAAGAAACUGCGCAAUCCAUAUGCCAUUGAAAACAAUGAGGUGAUGGAUUUCCUCUCCAGAGUGCCUUCAGAUGUUCAAAUGGCACAGUACACUGAAUUGAGCAGCUGUAGUUUCCACAGUCCUUACAGGAGAAGAAAAGCAUCCCCUUAAGACACUAGAAUGAGAAACGCUGGUCUCCUGAGAACAUUCUGUGUGAAGAGCCUUUGAAGGUGCCAAGACUCGACGGCCAGGGAAUUAUUUCAACAUGGAUUUAAGCAGUUGAUCUGCUUAUUUUAUUUGAGCGAACUGAAAUCAUCCCCCUCAGAUGGUCCGGUCUUCACUGCUGGGUCGUGCUGAAGCACCUUGCUUAAUAACACAGACACAUAUUAACACUCACAGCAGCAUUGAGGGAUGAAGAAAUGUGACUAAGAUAAACUGAAUGGUUAAAGUGUAGGAUACACCGCAGUGGGCCUUAAACAUCCAUCUAUAGAUGCAAUGCCUGAACGACACAUUGUGUACAGUAUGAGUGCAAUACAGUGCAAUGCUUUGCUGUUUUAUACUUGAUGCAUUUCUUAAUUUUGUCUUAUCAGACUUGUAAAAAUAUGUUUUGUAAAGUCACAUUCUAAACAAGCUUAUUUUUGUUGAACCGAACUUAUAUUGUAACAUAGCAUUUUCCAAAUGUGGUUUAAUUUUCUUUUGUUUUUAUUUAUACACACAUUGAU